AUGCCUCCCAAAUCUGCAACUCGGCGCACAAGGCGCACCGCCGAAGAAUCCACCCCGGCCUCUACACCCACCGGCGCAGAGUCUACAGCGCCCCAAAAUGCAUCCGAGACUCCAGCACAUGCUGGCUCAUCUGCCACCACACCUCGACCGCCAGUGCAGCGACUGCAAUCACUCAAAAAACGCACACCCGCGGGAAGCAUAUCACCCAGCGGCCGGCCGCCCUCCGCGCUCAGCGGCGAGCAAGCGAAGCCGACUCUAAAAUACAAGCCACGGGCCGUCGGGCGCCGCAGCAAGGAAGAGCGUGAGGCGAUCGAGAAGCUCGAGCAGGAACGAUACAAUGAGCGACUCAAGGAGGCGGCUGCCAUCCAGCGAGGCCGGCGUGGGGCCGCGUCCACGAACAUCCGCGGUGGAUUCCGCGGGCGCGGCGGCCCGAUAGGCAUGAGCAUGGGCGCUGGUGCUAUGAUGUCGGGCCGGAGAGGCAGAGGCGGCGGUGUCGGAGGAGGAGGAUCUGGUUAUGACUCCCGACAUUCCUCGGCUGUUGGACCGCGGAGCCGCACGCGUUCUCAUAUUAGCGGAGGCAACAUCCGGGGGAGUAAUCUCUCGGACGACGAAGAUGGCCUGCGGGUUAGCAUUGACCAGAUCAAUCUGGAGAGCAGCGAUGAGGAAGCGUACACCCAGUCGCGCACCAUCAAGGGCAAGAUGCCUAUUCGGGAGCGACGCGAGAGAGGUCUACGGCCGGUGCGUGUCGAGCGACAUCCGCACGAGGAACGGGUCGUCAGCGUCAAUAUGGAGUCAAGCGUGAGCGAGUCCGCCCGGCUGCGGGAAAAGGCUCGCGCGAAGGCUACGGAGAACAGUGCGAUUUCUGUGGACGAUGACGGCCCGGAUACAACUGCCGCCGCAGAAGAGCCGCGCGUGAAGCAGGAGGACGACGAUGCGGUCAUGACAGACGAAAUCCCCCACGCUGAUGAUGACGAGCUUUUGCCCGCGCAGAAAGUCCGUGUGCGCCGGAAGCUGGCUGCCCAGAAAGCCACAGAAGAGGGUCUACCCGAGCCAGAGCCGGAACUAGAGCCUGCGCAUGAUCUCCGGCAGCUUUUGCGGACUAGGGAGGAGAUUGAAGAGUACGAGCGACAUCAGCAUGACCUAGAGGUCGUGCAGCAUCUAUUUUCGAAGCCGGUCGAGAAACCGGAGACUACGGAGGCCCAACCCGCCGAAGGAGAAGAAGCCGAAACAGCGGCGGAGGAACGAGGAGAAGAAGACCAAGACGCCGAAGCAGAGACGUCGCCCAAGAGUUAUCUGGCGGGCAGGCUUUUCCUCAUGCAAUUCCCGCCGAUGACGCCCAACUUGACCAUCCCCGGCACCGCGGUGGAAAACCAGCCAGAGCCCGCGGCGCCAGCCACUACGCCGGGACAGACCGAGCAGCCCGAAGUCAAGGCUGAAGGUGACGAGGUGGAGAUCGUCGAGGGCGGCCAAGCGGCAACCACACGCCCACCGGGCAAGAUUGUCACCGCAGCGGCAGACACACCACUGCCGGCGGGACGAGUGGGCAAGUUCAACGUGCACCGCUCGGGUCGUAUCACACUGGACUGGGGCGGGAUCAGCUUCGAGCUGGACCGUGCCGCAGAGGUGGAUUUUGUCCAAGAGGCACUGGUGGUCUCGUCUGUGGGUGACGAUGAUGUUGCGGAUGAGACCCCGGAGCGUCGCGUCUGGGCAAUGGGCCAGCUGGGGGGAAGUUCACGGUGA